AAAAUUGAUACAGUUGUUGAUUAGUAAUUGAAUGAAAGGACAAAGCCUCCACGACGAUCUGCACGAUUCAAUGAAAGACUUGUCGCCGAAAUUAUGCUUGAUUUUCAAAAUGCUGCUGUAGUUAAUAAUCCUAUUGAUGAUAAUGUAGCUAAUCAUGAUGAUGGUGAUCUUAAUCCUGCUAUUGUUUUUAAUGCUGGUGAUGAUAACCAGCAAGCUAAUGCUCAAUUAAUUAUUGGUGAUGCUGUUAAUAAUGAUGAACGUAAUGCUCAAAUAAUUCUUGUUGAAGCUGUUAUCAAUGAUGAUCCUAAUGCUCAAUUAAUUGCUGGUGAUGCUGUUAAUAAUGAUGAACCUAAUGCUCAAAUAAUUCUUGGUGAAGCUGUUAUCAAUGAUGAUCCUAAUGCUCAAUUAAUUGCUGGUGAUGCUGUUAAUAAUGAUGAACCAAAUGCUCAAAUAAUUCCUGGUGAAGCUGGUAUUAAUGAUGAUCCUAAUGCUCAAAUUUCUGCUGAUGCUCAAAUAAUUCCUGCUUUAGCUAAUGUUGAUCUUGCUGUUAAUGACCAUGGUCAAAUUGUUCAUGGUAAUGUUGUUAAUAACCAUGUUAAUAAUCUGGGACCUAUAGCUAAUGUAGUGCCUCCUAAUCGUCCAAAUCAAUGGACUGAGAAUGAAGAUCAAAUGUUGUUGACUGCUGUUGAUCAAUACGAACAUAUUGCUGUGUUGACAGUGAGGUUUGAGAUGAUAAAGAAUGAUCCAGUAUCGUUUGAUGAGAAGGCAGAAUAG